AUGCUUUCUCCCGGUUUAUCACUCACGAAGGCCGCCCUCAUCGCCCUUUCUCUCGUCACUUUCACUUCCGCAUCGCCUGUUUACCACCUGGCCAAGAGGGAUAAUCCGUAUGCCGCGAGAGGCGAUGUCAUGAUUCAGGCUUUCUACUGGGAGAGCGUGCAUGACCACAAGGGCGGCUGGUACGAUAUUCUUAACGACAACGUACCAAACUUACAAGGCCAUUUCACAUACGCCUGGCUCCCCCCCGUCUCGGAUGCCGCCGAGGAUGACGCGAAGGACGCCCAGGGCUAUCUGCCACGCAAUUGGAACAAGCUCGACAGCCAGUAUGGCACCGAGGUUUCGCUUCGCCGCGUCCUCAAGUCUUUGGCUGGCGCCAACAUCAAGUCGAUGGCCGAUAUCGUUGUGAACCAUCGCGUCGGCCAAUUCAACUGGGGCGAUUUUGCCGAACCUUCCUUCGGCGAUAACCAGGCAGCUGUGUGCUAUACAGAUGAAUGGGCACAUCCUCCCCCAGACGCCAAAGGCGUGGUAGGCUAUCCGACUGGCGGACAGGACACCGGCGAACCUUUCAUAGGGGGCAGAGACCUCGAUCACAAUAACCCGGCUGUGCAAAACGGCGUCAUUACAUACCUGCGGGACAGGUUGAAGGGUGUCGGGUUCACCGCCUGGAGGUACGAUUUCGUCAGGGGAUUCGCCCCGCGGUUCAUCAAACAGUAUAACGACGCGUCGACUCCAGAGAUCAGCUUCGGCGAGUUCUGGCUCGAUCGCCAACCGGCGCCCGACCCGCAGACGAUCUUCAAGUGGAUCCAAGACACAGGCAGUGCGUCCGGAGCCAUCGACUUCUCAACAAGGUUCUUGCUAAGCUCUGCGAUCAACCGAAACCGAUACGAUCUUCUGAGGAACGGCGAGAACCCCGCAGGUCUGAUUGGCUUGGCCCCCGGUUAUACCAUGACUUUCGUCGACAAUCAUGAUACCGCGAGGAAGGAUCCAAAGGCGCCCUCGGUGCCCUUCCCUGGCGAUCCAAUGGUUGGCUACGCGUACAUCUUGACUCAUCCCGGUAUUCCCUGUGUCUUCUGGCUAGAUUAUAUCAAUAACUUGAAGUCGCAAAUCGACCCUCUGAUUGAGGCUCGCAAGGCCGCCGGGGUCCAUAGCUUGUCGCCCGUUCGUAUCGACCAAGCGGACAGCACUGUGUAUGCGGCUUACAUCGCUGGGACAAUCGGACGCUUGGCCGUCAAGAUCGGUCCUGGAAACUGGGUCCCUUGCGAUACGUCAUUUACAUUGGUUGGACAAGGGGCGCGUUGGGCUGUCUGGCGCGGCUAG